AUGGAGGCUUCCAUCAAUGCCCUUCCUCUCCCGUGUGUCAGAUUGUCACCUCCUAUCACUGGGUGUAAGAACCGCUACAUUUGUGGUCGUGAAUAUGGAACAAAAUCUAUCAGCAUUCAUGAGCCACAAUGUCUGAAAAAAUGGCAUAAUGAAAACAACUUGUUGCCGAAAGAGUUAAGGAGACCAGUGCCUAAAAAACCAGAAGUCAGAACCAUUACUGCCAAAGGCUUCUAUGAUCUUGACGCUUUAAAUGAAGCUGCUUGGACAAGUGCCCAGAGCCAGUUGGUUCCCUGUAAUGUUUGUGGGCGUACCUUCCUGCCAGACAGACUGAUUGUUCACCAACGAUCUUGUAAACCCAAAGCCGCCAAGUAA